GUCUGGCCGGGGCUCGAACCAUCGACCUCCCGCACAACAGUCCAGCGCUCUAUCCAUUGAGCUACCUGGGAGGCGGUUAGUUAGUGGAAAAGAAAAUCGCAAAAUUAGUUCCCAACCGAAAUCUCGGUCAUCUUGACCUGCUAAAAGUUGUCCCUUUAAAAGAAAAAAAAAAUAAAAACUCGCCAACCCGCCAUAUCAAAAACUCCCGCAAAACUUUCGUGAUUUGGUUUAUGUGGAAGGUUCGACAACUGUCACGAAAGAAACUCUGAAACAACAUUUGAUUGGUUCAAUUCUUGCCAUCUAACCAAUCAGGUAAAGAUCUAAUAAAUUAUUUUUGUUUUGACCAAUCAGUACUCACAUUGAGAGUUGAGUAAGUCUGCAAGAUGAUCCGGUGAUGUCGAAGCAAAAGCUUGAUCCAAAUUCUGAGAAAAAGCCACUCCUUUGUCCACAACUUCAAGCACACGUUUGCUGCUCGCAUCAAAAGAUGUCCUUGUAAACUGCUUGAUCAUGGAACACACUGGAAGAUUUGCCUUUUUGCUCGUAUUCCUUAUGUGCGUACAUAAGACAGUAUGUACUCAUUUUCGAGGCGGUUCAUUUACCUACAAGCCCCUCAACUCGAGCAAUCCUGCAAGCAUGAAGGUAAUAAUAACAUUCCGGAUUGGUUGGCGAAGAUCGUACUCUGGGUCCACAUUCUGUACGCAAAAUACAAUAGAUUCUGGUCAGCUGAUCGGGAUCAAGGACUACUUAAUGUGCAGAUCUGGCUGCUACGGCCGCGUCGGGUUGCUAACCUUUAAAUGCUCGGAUUUCAGUGUGAAUGAGGACUGGACAACUGGCACUAACAGCUUUGAAUAUACGUUUCCAGUCACACCAUCUCGCUUUUAUGAAGUCAGCUACUCAGGUUGGAACUGGAUUGCUUUGGUGCAUGCAUCAGGGGCUUCAUGGGAAGUUCGAAUGUACGUUAACCUCACUCGAAGAAAUGACACUGGACGUUUAAAUACGUCGCCAGUGGCGACAAUGACACCAAUUGUUCGUUUAAAAUACGGCUGUAACCAUUCUAUUGCUAUUCCAGUGUCCGACGAUGACAAAGACGAGGUGCGAUGCCGUUGGGCGAAGAGUAACGAUAGAGAGUGUGGUGGAAUAUGUGCAGGAAACGGGUUACCAAACGCACAAAUGUAUCAUCGCGAGUGCAGAAUCCCAUACAGCGCAACGGAAUACAUGGGCUUUUACGCCGUUGCUGCCAUGAUCGAAGAUUUUGCCUCACCAACAGACUCACAGCCAUUGAGUAGUAUCCCAUUGCAGUUCUUGGUGUACGUGUUCAACUCGAAUGAACCGUGUGAUGAACGCCCGGAGUUCCCAGAAUACACGCGAGCCGAGGGAUCGUGCAUUGGCAUCCCACCUGGGGGAACAUACUUUGAUCGCAUCAUCGUGCGAGCCGGUGGACUGUCAAAAAGAAUUGUGGAAGUCACUACUAACAGUCCUCAGGGAUUCAUCAAGUCUCCUGUGGCUCAGUAUGCACCACAGGAAUACUACGUUAAUGUUACCUGGACACCGAAGUCAUCAGAGAUAGAGACCAAACUAUUUUGUUUCACAGGAUUGGAGGAUUCUGGGGGAACAACUGAACAGAGAUGCGUCAAUCUACUUGUUGGAGGUAAAAGUCAUCUUAUUUCAUCUAUGUGA